UCCCUUGUGUUCCAUUGCCCAAAUCGAGCCAGUUCUUCGUCGUAUGUAGGCGGCGACUCUAGGCUAGCUGUGAAGGUGCGAGUGAGCAGUAAAGAUCCGGCCGGGGAGCUUAUUGAUUGAUUCACAGGUAGGUAGGGAUAUCGGUGAUGGAAGAAGGGUUUGUGUUCCGGGGGUGGCAGCUGCCGCCGGGGUUCCGUUUCCAGCCGACGGACCAGGAGAUCAUCGUCUGCUACCUCAAGAAGAAGGUCACCUCCGCCGCCUCCGCUGCCACCUCCAUCAUCGCCGACGUCGACAUCUACAAGUUCGACCCCUGGGAACUCCCUGGCAAGGCGAUGUUCGGGGAAGGGGAGUGGUUCUUCUUCAGCCCGCGGGAGCGCAAGUACCCCAACGGCGCGCGGCCGAACCGCACGGCGGGGUCGGGCUACUGGAAGGCCACGGGCACCGACAAGCCCAUCCUGGCCUCCGGCGGAGCGCGCUGCCUGGGCGUCAAGAAGGCGCUCGUCUUCUACCAGGGCCGCUCUCCCCGGGGCGCCAAGACCGACUGGGUCAUGCACGAGUUCCGCCUUCUCCACCCCGACGACGGCGCCGCCCACAGUAAUAAUCACCCCCGCGACUCCAUGAGGCUCGACGACUGGGUCCUCUGCCGCGUGCGUAAGAAGGGCGCCGCGUCCGUGCCCGUCGCGCCGGACGCGGGCGGGCUCGGCUCCGGGGCGGCUCCGCCAAGCCAUGCCGGCGUAGCUCCGGUACAGGUGCCCGACGCGCCGUACGGCGUAGGCGGCUACGUUGACGACUGGACUGACUGCCAGAUCUUGCAGUACCUGAUAGCCGGGGGGGGCUCUGGGCAGGCGGACGGUGCCGGCGCCGUGGGCGAGAGCGCGCCUGGCGGCACGCUGGCGUCGGUGCUGGAGACCAUCAAGAGGAACCUCUCGUUCGAGGCCGUCGAGGACGCGCACCACGACCAGCAGCUGCCGACGUCGUCAACAUCGCUGCCCAUGUUUGAGAUUGAUUAGGCGCUCGGGAAAGUACUGGCUGCCUCUAGCCGAGAGAUUGACUCGCUCCUGGCGCGUUUGUAAUUUUUUUGUACUCAAUUCGUUCCUGGCGAGUAUGUUGCAAUAAGCUUUGCUACCGUGUUUGUAAAUAUCAUUUGCCAUUUGUA